UGUUGUUCAUGCUAGUGUCUACGUUUGGGACAUCGCAAUGGGAGAUUUAGAGAGAAUGGGCAGAGAACUCAAAUGCCCAAUCUGUUGGAGUUUGUUCGACUCUGCGGUUUCGCUUACCUGCAAUCAUCACUUCUGCAACUCGUGUAUUGUAAAGUCCAUGAAAUCAGCAUCUGCUUGUCCUGUAUGUAAAAUCCCGUUCACUCGUCGAGAGAUUCGCCCUGCUCCUCAUAUGGACAACUUGGUCAAUAUAUAUACGAGCAUGGAAGUUGCUUCAGGAAUCAAUAUAUUUGUUACCCAGAAUGUAUCUCAAGCUAAAUUAUCGGAUGUGGAAAAGCAAUGUGAUGGUAGUGCCGACUUUGGCAAAGUGGAAGCUGGUGGAUCUCGUAAAGGUCAUGUGCAAGAGAAGAAAACCCGGAAGAUGAAGAAGGCGAAGAAGACAGUCCAGGUCAACAUGGAAAGUUCAGGCUCUGGCUUACCAAAACCUUCUUUUCCAGCCAAGAAAAGGGUGCUGGUGCCACAAAAUAUUCUUUCAGAGACUCCAAUGAAAAAUUUAAAGCUUGGAGAUUGUCUUAGUGAAAUUAACAAAGAGAAAGGAGUGCAAAAGGUUCCUCUCAUUGGAAGUGAAAUGCCUCUACAAAGUGAAAAAUCUGUUCCUGUUCUUUCACCUUUCUUUUGGUUGAGAGAGGAAAAGGAUGGUGAAAAGUCGAGCCCACCAACUGACGAGGAUCAAUUUAUUGAUGGAUCAACACCAAAUCCUCCUUCAUUUAGUGAUCUCAGGGACUCGGAUGAUGAAAACACUUCUAAUGUCGCUCCAUUCGAUGAGGGGCAAAAUCAAAUCUCUGUUAAUUUAUUUGAUAGUGAGAUGUUUGAAUGGACACAAAGGCCUUGCUCUCCUGAAUUAUUUUCAAGUCCCUCUAAAAUGCAGCUGCAGGUCAUGGAUACUUACGAGGAUGAUGAAAAUCAAGAUGAAUUGGUGGCUGCCUCACAGGAACUGGACGCAAAUCUACCCAUUACUGAUGCUGACAACAUGAAAAUUGAGAAUCCCAAAGGAAAUAAAACAGCUGAUGCAUUACCACCAAAUGUUUCUCCUCUAAUUAGAAGUUCUGCUGAUAUAAAUGGACAAAUAAAGUCUAGGAAAAGGGGAAGGAAGGCUAUGGCAAAAUUUAGGCAUGAGCAGAUUGUCGAACCAAAAAAUUCAAUUGAUGGAAUGCAUCUUGUUGGACAUGUAUCACUAGAAGUCACUCAGGAACGAGCAUUGGACUGCAAACCCAAAUCUUGUAAUCUGGGGAAGGCUAGUAGAAGGGGCAAGAAGGUUUGUUUCAAUACCAGGUCAGUUCCAACAUCUACAAGUGCAUGUACAGUACCUGAUACGUCAGGAGUUUUAAGUAUUGAUGAAAUGGAGAUGGUUGCAAAUUCAUCUAUUUCGCCAUCUAAACAAGAAAAUGAGAAGCAUUGUCCUCUGGAGAUUGCUGGAAAAAGCCAGAAGAUAAUAUCUGGAAAACAAAUAAAGUAUAGGAAAAGGGGAAGGAAGGCUAGGACAAAAAUUAGACAUGAGCAGAUUGUCGAACCAAAAAAUUCAAUUGAUGGAAUGCAUGUUGAUGGACAUGUAUCAUUAGAAGUCACUCAGGAACGAGCAUUGGACUGCAAACUCAAAUCUUGUAAUCUGGGGAUGGCUAGUAGAAGGGGCAAGAAGGUUUGUUUCGAUACCAGUUCAGUUCCAACAUCUACAAGUGCAUGUACAGUCCCUGAUUCGUCAGGAGUUUUAAGUAUUGAUGAAAUGGAGAUGGUUGCAAAUCCAUGUAUUUCGCCAUCUAAACAAGAAAAUGAGAAGCAUUGUCCUCUGGAGAUUGCUGGAAAAAUCCAGAAGAUAAUAUCUGGAAAACAAAAUAUGAACCCAACCGAAGAGUUUGCUGGUUCUGAUUCAUCCCUUUUCAGUCUACAGACAAACAGUAAUGUGAAUACCUCUAAAAGCAAGCAAUCCAAAAACAUAUUUACUAGAAAAUCUAUAUCUGGCAGUAAAAAGUUGAGAAAUACUGAAAGGUCAAAGCUUUCUUCUGAAUGUACCUCUAUCACUAAAAAUGCUGAAGAAAUUCUACCUAAUGAAAGUGUUCAUCACUGUCCUCAUGUCGGCGAUUUGAAUGAUACAUCAAAAGAGAAACAUCGUUCUUUGACUGAUAAAACAGUUUUAAGGAAAUGUGAGAGCCAUGUCGAGAAGUAUCAAUGUUUUUUCUGUCUCUCAUCAGAAGAAUCAGAGGUUUCUGGCCCUAUGGUGCAUUAUCUUGAUGGCAAACCUGUACCUGCAGAUCAUGAAGGGGGGUUUAAAGUCACACAUUGUCACAGGAACUGCACAGAAUGGGCCCCCAAUGUAUAUUUUGACGGUGAAAAUGCAAUAAAUCUUGAAGCUGAGAUAAGUAGAAGUCGAAGAAUUAAAUGUAGUUUUUGUGGACUUAAAGGGGCCGCACUUGGUUGUUAUGAGAAAAGUUGUCGCAGGAGCUUUCAUGUUCCUUGUGCCAAGUGGACUUCUUUAUGUCGUUGGGAUACGCAAAACUUCGUCAUGUUAUGUCCUCUACAUGCAUCCUCCAUGUUACCCUGUGAAGAUUCAGGUUCCCAAAAAAGGAGCAAGAAAGGCCAAGGUAGAGAUGGCAAAAACCAUGGUCCUAGUCUUGACACUAUAAGCCAAACACGGGCUGAUCAUAGAUCUUACAAGAAAAUUGUUCUAUGUUGUUCUGCUCUAUCCGUACAGGAGAAGGACAUUGUUUCCAAAUUCGAAAGUGUAUCUAAAGUUACAAUUUUGAAAAAUUGGGACUCGAGUGUCACCCAUGUUAUAGCAUCAACGGAUGAAAACGGGGCAUGCAGAAGAACCCUGAAAGUAUUGUUGGGUAUCCUGGAGGGAAAGUGGAUUGUAAAAGUUGAGUGGAUCAAAGCUUGCAUGAAGGAAAUGAAUCCUGUUGGUGAGGAGCGUUAUGAAACUAAUGUUGACAUCCACGGAAUUAGGGAUGGUCCUCGUCUUGGACGACUAAGAGUAUUGAACAAGCAACCAAAGCUUUUUUAUGGCUACAAGUUUUAUUUUAUGGGAGAUUUUUUACCUUCAUACAAGGGGUAUCUGCAAGAACUUGUGGUUGCUGCUGGUGGGAUAAUUCUGCAUAGAAAACCGGUGUCUUGUGACCAAAAGUCAAUGUUACCAGAUUCACAUUCAUACCAGAACUUCAUAGUUUACAGCCUCGAGCUGCCGGAUGAAUGUAAGCCUUCAGAAAUGGAUACAAUUUGCAGACAAAGGUGUCAUGAUGCAGAGGUUGUGGCAAAUUCUACAGGCUCUAAGGUUGUAACUAAUACAUGGAUUCUUAAUUCAAUUGCAGCCUGCAAACUGCAAUGCCUUGCUCAAUGAAAUGUGAAUAUUCAGAUAAUUUACGAUCGCCAACUGAUAUUUCCCUUAUUAUCUUAAUUAUCAUAUUAAAAACAUUAUUAUUGACCAUUUAUGGAACAACAUAUUUUAGUGUAAUAUAUUGUGAUUCUUGUA